AACCGAACUGGAGCAAAACAGCAGAGGUUUGGGAGGAGAAACGCCUCGAGUCGGAUUGGCGGGACGGCGAGGUAGAAAGAGAGCCGACUACAAGAGGCUGAACAGCUUUCCUCUCAUCCGGCACACGGACAUGCCGGAGGAGAUGAGGGUGGAGACGAUGGAGCUCUGUGUGACGGCCUGUGAGAAGUUUGCCACCAACAAUGAGAGCGCAGCCAAGAUGAUCAAAGAGUCCAUGGACAAGAAGUUCGGCAGCUCCUGGCACGUGGUGAUCGGCGAGGGCUUCGGCUUCGAGGUGACGCACGAGGUCAAGAACCUGCUCUACAUGUUCUUCGGGGGGAGCCUCGCCGUGUGUGUGUGGAAGUGUUCAUAGCACCGCCUCUGCCUGGAAGCCCCGCCCCCAGGGAGGCCCCGCCUCUAGGCCGGCCGCACGCUGGUCCGUGUGUCCGUUGGCGUGGUGCGUCCACACAAACGUGUGUGUGUGUGUGUGUGUGUGUGUGUGUGUGUGUGUGUGUGUGUGUGUGUGUGUGUGUGUGUGUGUGUGUGUGUGUGUGUGUGUGUGUGUGUGUGUGUGUGUGUGUGUGCUGGACACACACUUUGUUUUUUUUUAGAACUUCAUUUCUGUCCAGCCGCACUGAUCUUUCAAUAAGGUUUGUAGUAUUUUUAUGUGCACACAGCGUUGUGAAGAAGUCGUUUUUAGAGGACGGGGAGACGUCUCCAUGGUGACGCCGGCUUUAAGGCUCCUGCAGUGUGUAUUAACCUGAUUGUAUAAUAAACGCUGAUGUGAUCAACAGUCA